AUGCAAAACGCACGAAUUUUUGGUAGACUAGCCUUCUUUGAAGUAAAUCUAGAAAUAAAACGAGGUAUCCGUUCUACAGGAAGCAUUUGCAUUUCCACAAGAGGCGAACGAGGCAUUGUACAUCUGGAGCCGAUCGAGUUGAAGAAAUUGCAGGCCAAGAGUGCAUUUGAGUAUCUCGCCGACAUUGCCGAAUCGGAAAAGAUUGAAUAUGUUUUGACCGCUGAACACUCCUUAGUGCCUGUGGCUCAGCUUGUAGAGAAGUAUAAAAUUGGUGCAGACCUUCACAGGGCUAGAAAUGUGCAUUCGAACAUUACCCACAAUGGUCCGCUUGAUACUACUUGUGAAAUGAGCUUUACUCCAUUACGAAUUGCUGUCGUUACGUGUCGCGAGACAUUCUCGGAGGCAACGUUACCGACGGUACCGGUGAAUGGCUACUCCAAUCAUGUACAGGUUAAACAUAGUAGCUAA